UAUAAAAAAAAAAAAUGAAAUUAUAUAUAGCCUACAUUUUUUAUGUUAUAAAUUCAUUCACAUUUUAUAAUCAUUAAAUGUUGGGUAAUACUGGGUCAAAAUUGGGUAGUCAUUAUCAUCAGAAAAAAAUGAAUAACAACUGAAUAACAACAUGAUAAACUUACCUAGGCUACUUUGUACACUAGAUAGUUAGUUAGUAUUUAGUUACACAUUUACCUGGGUUGUAGUUACUAUAGACAGAAAUAAGCUAAUGGACUGUGACAGUGCUGCUUCUACUUAGAAUGUCCUCCUUCUCCCCUUCUUCUAUUUCAACCUCACUGGUUUCUUCUGUGGGAUCAUCAUGGCUUGAAGAGGGCCCUGACUCUAAGAUACAUCUUAUAAUUCAGAAUAUGUCUCAUAAUUAUCUGAACAUAUUAAACAAUGUUGUCAACAGUCUAUUUGAUUGGAUUGAGCUGGGCAUGACUAAAUAUGUAUUUGUAUGUUUUGAUUUGCUGCAUUAGCCUACAAUAAAUAGCAGCUAUUAAUCUAAGGGUAGACUACUUGUAAUUUUAGCUGACUUAAACUUAAAAUUCAGCUAAAAUGUAAGUAUCCUUAGUUUAAUGUCUGCUGUUAUUAUCAUGCUGGCAAGCAGUAUGGAAUGUUAAUCAUUGCAUUAUCUCCAUUUAUACCAUGGUCUGGGUGAAUACUCGAUUCUGAUUGGCUGGAGGGUGUAGGUUAAGGUUAAGUGUUAAUUUACACCUAGGAAAGACGUUGACCCUAUGAAGACGCUAUGGCCACGUUGCUUGGCCUCACCUGCAUACGGGAGAUAUUAAAUAGUCCGCUCAUUUUAGCUACAGUAGCGCUAGCUGCUAGGCUAGGCUUGUUAUCAGGUUGUUGGGAAAGUGUAGAGGAAGGAAUAUACCUUUCUCUGUAAAAAAACUGGGUGACAAACUGUCGACCGCUUUGAGCUCUUUCCUCUCUCUUUCCUCUCUUUCCUCCCCUGACGACCUGACUUCUUCAUUACACCGACCAGGAUACACACAAACUGACUUUAGACUGCUAGUUUAAGACACUAGCAGUCUGCACUUGCUUCUGAUCUGCCUGGCUGCUACUUUGCUCUGCAGUAGCGUAAGAUGUGGGCUGUACCAAAUAAUGAAAAAUGAGAGGGGUGAUAAUAGGGUGAAGACUUUCUAAUGAUUUUGUAAAAAUGGAGGAACAAACCACAACGAAACAAACCACCUUAAUUUGAUUUUUUUUUCUUUUUCAUAAUUUUAAUAAUACCACCAGUGUCCUCUGGGUGCCCCCCGUCAGUGCUGCGCCCCUGGAAUCAUCCUAAUUUACCCCCCCCUAAGGACGUCCCUGCACACACACACACACACACACACACACACACACACACACACACACACACACACACACACACACACACACACACACACACACACACACACACACACACACACACACACACACACACACACACACACACACACACAGCAAAUAUAUUUUUUGCAGAUAUUUGCUGUUCAUUUAAACUUGUUUAUUUGGACAAUGUAUUAGAAAGACCCCAGGCACAAUGAGAUGCAUUGUCCUUGAUUAUUGCCUCCUGAGCCACGUUUUCACCAAAUUGACCAGGAACUUUGUGUCCCAGGAACCACACCUCAAGGGACUAGUUAAAGUUACUCCUGCCCUAUGUUGUCGGUUAAUUUGAUCGUGCAAACCUCCAUACACUCUUACGAGUAAAGUGUUCCGCCAAUUCAUUGUUCAUUCAUUGUCAACCAUGGCGGGGGUAAUAAAUAUUUGAAUAUUCCUGCGCGUUACCCAUCGGCGUCGGCAGACCCUUUUCACCGGGGCACGUGCCCCGUUGUGGAUCUGCGGUGCCUGGGUAUGCCUGGGGCACUGAUUUUUUAAUUUAUUUAUUUAUUUAUACCUUUAAUUUUUUUUUAUUUAAGUCUGACUCAUCUGGCAAUCUACAGAAUGCAUGCUUGCAUUUUUUUUCUUAAAAUGGCCUAUAGACUUUCGUUAGAAUUUAAGUCCGACACACGGACAGAGUAAUUAGAAUCCACUUGCGGCCACUCGGAGCAUGUUGCAGCCGGAGAGUUGCCUGUAACACAGAGCCAGGAGUUCGUCAUAUCUUAGGCUAUCUUUAAGAAACACGGUACUAGUCCUCCUAGUAAAGACACACUAAAACAUUGAUUGUACAAAAUUUGACACCCUGAAGAAAUUUACUAUUUGAAUUAGCCUACGUCAAUAGAAUGCAUGGUGCCCCCCUCAUUGGCCGGCCGCGGCACACACUGAGGAGAGAAUCAUUCUCCUUGAUAUCGACUUUUUGAACCUGUCCAGCACAGCGUCAGCGACCAUUCACUCUGGCCGGCGUGAAGUGAAGUAAACAGUAAGCGUUACAUUUUUAUCCUCUGGAAGCAUAGAAUGUCUAACAAAUGUGUAUGCCUUUCAUCAAAUAAGGUGAAGGGGCGUCUCUGAAGUGGUGUUAUUAGCUAAUGUGGUCACGUCUGUCGUUAUGCUAUAGUAGCCAGACAGUUCGCUAAUAUAUUAACCCAUUUAUGCCUAAAACGCCUGCUAAAAACGCCUGCUAAAAUCCUAUGCUAUUCUAGGAAAAAGAACCUCAUUUCCUGAGGUUUUUCUGAGAAAAUAGUAAGAAUUGUCAACGUCUACAUAAACCUUAAUAUCUAAGCCUCUGGAGCACCUAGAAACAUGAAAUAAAAAGCAUUUUAAAGGUAAGAACUACAGGUUUUAUUAAAACAUGCUCCCUGAGCACAACCAUAACAGCAACAUUUUAAAAAGAUUCUCAAAACAAGAUUAAGAAGAAAAAACAGUAUAAAUCAAUGAUAUAAAAUACAACAAAUAACAUUUUAACCAAAGCAUGGUAAAGGCACACCCCUGACCUGCAGAUCCAGCAACAACUUCACGCUGGUGUAAAAGUUGUCCAUGUAAACACACAAGUUUGACCCAAAAUACGGUUUAGCCAGGUAUGACACAAUCCGGUAAGCCAGGCCUGUCUCGGUCUUGCCUGCAAUGGCCCCUGUGUAAACUUGAAAAUUGUUUAUGUAGCCUGUAUUGCUCUCUGCCAUGACCCACACCUUUAUCCCCCACUUCACCGGCUUCAUGGGGAGGUACUGCCGGAAGGCAAGGCGUCCCUUGUAUUUUACCAUGGACUCAUCCACGCUCACAAACCCAUUGACCUCAUAGAGGGCCUGGAACUGAUGCAAGAGGAGGUCCAUGAACCGCUGGAUCUUCCACAGAUUAUCGGAUUUAUCCAAGGCAGGGUCCAAGUUAUCUUCUAGAUGGAGAUAUCUGAAAAUGCAUAUAUGACAAAGAAUUUGAGCCUGACAUUUAUUUCCAUCAUUGUGUUUAUUUGUAUUAUGUUAUUUAUAGUAUUUAUAUUCAUAAUUGUAUUACUAUUUAUUCAUUAUUCCAUUAUUGUAUUUAUAACUAACAUCAUUGUAUUUAUUCAAUAUCAACCAUCAUCACCAUUAGUAAUUGCUAUAGCACCACUAUCAUUACUGGCCAUUCCGUUUUCUAAGAGAAGAGAAUGGAACUCGGAAGAGAGCACAAGAAAAGAAAACAUAAAUAUUUACCUCCAGAUCAUGUCGAAAUGGUCCCUUGACAUUUGUUUGGUAGAGCCACUUAGUUUGCCUCCAGUAAUCGCGGCGUGCUGGUAGCUUUAAAAUUCCAAAGCAAAGACACAGCCCGAGGAAUGUUUUCAUUUCUGUUUUCGGGACCGGGGUCCACUUGAGGUCGCGGGGGUCUGAGCUCGUACCUGUUGCGCGUACCGAUUCGUUGGAAUCCGAUCCAGCGGAUCAACCGGCACAAAAUCAUUCUCGUCCUCAUUCUCAUACUCAAAUCCCUUGAAUUCUAUGACAAUAUCACUGCCAUCGCUAUCAAAAUCCUCCAUGUUCAUUGCUACUUCUCGGUCGCCAGCUAGACGCGUCGCUAAAAACAAACAUAGAAUAUCGCGUGGCUAUAUGAUUGAUUGACGUGAUUUUCAGCCAACCAAAGUUCGUUUUGGUGGUCUCCUGAUCUUUACCAAAGCCUUAAGACCCACCCCAUGUGUAUUUUUAACCAACCAGAGUGAGUUAUAUGCUGCAUUCGUCAUGAAAACAGCACGUGUACAAAAUGCUGCGCUACGCAGCAACCGGCAGGAAAGCCUAUGUUGCGCUACGCAGCAACCGGCAGGAGGGGCUAUGCUGCGCUACGCAGCAUCCGGCGCCAAUGGGUUAAACUGUAGCGAUAACUGUUUAAGCUGGACCUGUUGAUCGAAAAAAAAUUUGGCUUGCGCGCUUUGCGCGCUCGCAUGGAUUUUUCAUGCCCUAUUGUGCCCCUGUAUGGUAUUGGGUAAGCUGACGCCCCUGGCGUUACCCUUAAUGAGUGGCGUGGCACAAACAACCUGGUUCAUGCAGAUUUCGAUAGGAAUGCACUAGGGAUGGGCGUGAGGAAUCGAUUACUCGAGUACUCCUCGUUACAAAUGAACUCGGUUUAUGGACAGGCAAACUCGAGUUUGCAUAUACACACACAUACAAUACAAUACACACAUACAAUAGAAUACAAUUUUCUGUGCGGUGCCACUAACGCAUGCCGUCACGUCGGCACAAAGCAAAUGAAAUGUAUACAAUUUCUGUGUGGCGCGUGCCGUGCCGUGUGCAGGCACGCCAGAAUUCAAAAAGUUAAGAGAUGGCGGUUAAAGCAAAGCGCAGCGAAGAAUUGAAAUACUUUAAAGAAAAAGGAGAUCAUAAGGUGAAAUGUAAAAUAUGCCAAGCGAAAUCGAGCUACCAGAGUAUGGCUACUACAAGUUCUAUGCGGCAACAUAUGCUCCUGAAACACAACUGUGAGUUCGGGAAAGCAGACCCCCAGCAACCAAGUGUGUUGGCUAUUUUCACCGCCGCAAGAUGCUUCUGUAAUCCCGGCCGUGAAGAGAGGAUCGCUGAGUAUUUCCAUAGUCCAUUUGCUGCCAUUUUAUUUGCAGCUUUAAAUUAUUUGCAAUGGUUAGGCUACUUGUUUCGUUUUUUUUUUUUUUUUAAACCGUUACAGGCCUUGGUUCGACGUGAUUUAAAUUGUGAGACGCAUAUUUAUUUUUGUAAGGAAAAUGUGUUUUGAACGUUUGCAAAAAUAAAUAAUGAAUACUUUGAUAACUCUGACUAUUUUGAUGGAGAAUAAGCAUUACAUGUUUGGUUGGUAAUAUUGCCGUUCAUCAUUAGGCCUAUUCCUGCUGCAGAAUUGUUGCAUUCUGAAAAAUAGAUUUGAUUAAACGAGUACUCGAUUGAUUCUCGAGGAAUUCCUUCGAUCACUCGAGUUUGGAAUUUACUACUCGUGCCUGCACCGUUAUGAAAAUUUUGGCCGAUACCGAUAUUCAAUAUUAAUUUUGCUGUUAUGGCCAAUAACCGAUAUUUACAGUUAUCGAUAUAUGUUUGUUUUUCUUUAAUUCUUAGAUGAUAAAUUACUAAGACAAAUUCCUGGCUGGUGUAAAACCUCCUUGGCAAUUAAAUCCUUUCUGAUUCUGAUAAAAUUUUGUACAGACUGAAAAUCAUGCAAACUGAAUUUUUGAAUAUCUUCCUUUAUUUUCAGAACGUAUUUAACUUCCAAAUAACAAGGUUACAGGGCUACCAUGAAACAUAAGUAACCAACCUUUACCACCCAACCUAUACUCUAAAUAUAAACGCGUUGUCUGAUUACAGUUUAAUUCAUUUUUCACAAUUUACCAGCUCUCGUUUUGAAGAAUAAUCACAGCGCCAUUCGUUUCAAUGGGAAUCGCGACGGUCUAAGAUUUCAACAUAAAGUGUGCAUAUUUAUAAUUCGAAAUUCGUCCCAGCCUUUAUACAACAGAUACUCUAGGGUAUAUAGCAUAUAACCGCAUUGUCUGAUUACAGUUUAAUUCAUUUUUCACAAUUUACCAGCUCUCGUUUUGAAGAAUAAUCACUGCGCCAUUCGUUUCAAUGGGAAUCGCGACGGUCUAUACUUUCAACAUAAAGUGUACAUAUUUACAAUUUGAAAUUCACCCCAGCCUUUAUACCACAGAUACUAUAGGGUCUAUAGCAUAUAACUGAGUUUCCUGAUUACAAUUUAAUAUAGCAGUAAGCUGACAACAUCGCUAAUUAACACCGCAACUGCAAAUUAACCACACGGAGAUAACCAUGGCAACCGGUCAAACAAAUUUACUUUUUGCGAUCAUUCUGCGCGAGCAUCCGCCGUGUUGAUAAACAAAUAAUCCCCCUAUAUACAUGGCCAAAUCCCACUCCCCCUCCUUCUCCCUCUCCCGACACACAAACAGCAACUAGAGGAUAUACAUCGGUUGUGGAUAUCGGCCCAAUUUUACUCAUCGGACCGAUGCCGAUAUGUUAAAAAAUGACAAACAUCGGCCAAUACCGAUAUUAAUGCCGAUAUAUCGUGUAUACCUAGAUUUCGAGUGAUUCAACUCACAAAAAUGUAUUGGCAGAAAGAAAAGUUGGCGUUCACAAGAGUUCCAAUAUUCUUCAAAACACUUGCACGAUCAAACUUGUGUACUGUGAGUAGAAUACUCACUUGGCCUUUGGUGUGACUGCACUGUUCGAAUCGCGGCAGUGAAAAAUGGAUUCAACUCCCAACCUCGUGUAGCAAGUGAAUCUGAUUCUGAGCCUAUGCUCCGUAAAUAAAAUAUCCUGUGGAUUUAGAGGAUUCAAUUAUUGUGGAGUUUUAUUUGUAAUCCAAGGGUAAAAGGGUCUAUCGCAUGUCAGUUGUUGGAUGAGGGGGAUUAAGGUAAAUGAUUGUGCAUUCUUUAAAUCAUCCCUGUUUUGGAGAUGGUUGUUUUAGAGGUAGUUUUUCCGAUUCAUUAAAGGGAAACUUCACCCAUUUCACACAAGCUUUGUAUUUUUAGAACCCCCCGCAUAUUUUUGAAUGGUCUAGCAUCAUUCCCUUAUUUUCUGGAAAGACUGGAGAGAUCCGUAUCGAUCUCCAACACUUCCUGUUUUUAAUGACGCAAUAUGACGAUUUUUGCGUACAAGAAAACAGGAAGUGUAAGAGGAGAUGAUUCUCGAAAGACUACAACCACUAGUCCCACCCCCCUCUAGGGGGUGGGACCCACUGACGCUACAGACCUAUUAGAGCAGUGCCAGUGGGUGGGACUUCACCAGCAGAAACUAACAUCCACAGCGUCUGAAGCUAAGAUAACAGAGGCUGUUGAUAAAACUGAAGUACAUUGGCGGAGGGUACUGGAUCUGACAUAGAAGAUGGCUCCAUGCAAAAGUUCCCCAUUUCGAAAGAAAUACAAACGAGGACUACCGUAUUUUCCGUACUAUAUGGCACACCGGAUUAUAAGGCGCACCUUUAAUGAAUGGCCUAUUUUAGAACUGUUUUCAUAUAGGGCGCACCGGAUUAUUAGGCGCAUAGAAUAGAAGAUACUGCAGUCAAACGUCUGACUGGGGUUGCGUUAUGCAUCGACAAGACCGAGCUGUGCUAUAGAGAAUGUCAACAAAACAGUCAGAUAAAGUCAAACUUUAUUAAGCGUUCUGACAACUCCGUUCACUCCCAUGGUAACGAUGUUCAAACGUUAAUGUGCAUAUUAACAAUAUCUGAUCAAUAUCUCUUAACAAUAAGCUCACCUUUUCAGUUCAUUCCCCGUCUACGAAUUCCUCGAAUUCUUGUGUGUGCGAAUUGAACAGUUGGGCGAGUAGGCCUACGGCAUCCAACAUGCCCGGAUUCCUCUCGUCAUUGUCCGAGUCAUUGUCGCUGUUGUUGCCUGGCAGUUCAGUGAUUAUUCCUGCCUUCGUGAAAGCUUGGACCACAGUGGAGACUGUUAUAUAAGCCCAGGCAUCCACGAUCCAUUGGCAGAUAGUGGCGUAAGUCGCCUGGCGCUGUCUCCCCGUCUUGGUGACGUGUAUUCGCCUUCUUGGCCCCGUCCACACGAAACCUAUUUUUUGGGUGAAACCGCAUAAAAAAACGCUUUUGGUGGACACGGGCUACGGCCACACCAAACGCGUGUAACGUGCCUAACUUGUCGCUUGAUCAUUGUGUGUCACAAAAAUUGGUUCAAUGCGCCAAGGCGCCUGUGGCUGCGCUGGAUUUAGGAGUCCGAGGUAGGAAACCCAAACGCCGCCAUGUUUGGGUGCAUGAUAGAGUUAAGAUCGGGUUAGAUUAAAUAAUCUCGGAUAUAAAUAACAAUAAUAUAGUCCGCCAAGACGUUGAGGUUGCUUAGCAACCAGAGACGCUGUCCAUGCAAGUGAAUGGAGCGUUCCCUCUUCGUCAUAACUAUCAAACCAAACAUCCUUCAAAUUCAACGAGCGAACGUUAUGAAAUUAAAAUGCACAUUUCUCGCUUUUUUUUUUUUUUACAUAAACGCAUUUAAUGGCGUAACUAUGUUACUAUUUCCACCCAGAAUAAGGAAAGAUGUCGGCCGUAUACUUCUGUGCAAGCGUCACUACUCUAGUGACGUCGGUUCAAGCUCCACGCUGAUUUGUUCCAUUAGUAGAUGGAACAAGGAGGUGUCCGAUAGGCGGAGAUGAUCAGCGGGAGUGGCCGCCAGCGAAGCUGUGCAUGGUGGGAGUUGUUGUCUUCAAUCCACAAGCGCCAAAAAGUCAUUUUCUGCCUUUUCUCGGUCAAGACGGCACCAAAUUAGAAUUUUAUUUUAUUAUUCGACUAGAUAUAGGACCCAAUUUCAAUACAUAUUCAUGUCUGCACCGGUGAAAUGCUCCUUUAACCCAAAGUAGGCUAUCACUCUUUUAAAGGAGGUGGCUAACUGCUCAACCGAUAUUCACGUCUCUGAGUGCAAGUAAACUUUGCUUGUAGCACCGACUGCUAUCAAGAUGAAUGAUCACCGCAUACAACACAAAACGCUAAUUAUAUAAAUGUAGGAAACCACUAUGGAUGCAAUAAGAGGACUGUGUGAUUUACAGCAAAAAACUGUUGGUUCGCGGCUGCAGAUGUUGAAAUGGCUGAAAUGAAAUGCUUAGAGUACUCAACCAAUCAGAUGUUCAGCACUGCAAACCCAGGCCUCAAGACUAACCUUUCUACGGCUCUCACUGGUGACACUGUUUCAUUUGGUAGCACCCUUACAUAUUUGAUCGUAACCUUCUAUUAGCCACUUUUUCGCAGUAUUGGCAGCAUGUCCUUUGUCGUGUACUAUCCAUCUGUUCAUUCGUUUGAACAAUUAACACACUUGAAUUAAGUUGUCUAAUGUUUUUAAUGCAGUUUUUUAUUUUUUGUCUUUACCACCGGUACCUCCUUCCCAUCCAUUAUCAAAAAGCUCUACCUACUAAUAACGGUCUGCUUAUUAAGUAAUAAUAAUAAUAUUAGUCAAAUUACAAUUAUUAUACAUUUAUUUAUUUAUAUAUUUAUAGGUUUAUUUCAUUGAAACUUUUUCCACAAUGUACAAAGCACAUUUUUAGUUUUCUUAUCAAAGCAGGGUCUUGAUUGGAAUUUAAGUGGUCUUGUUUGUUAAUAGUGCUCCCCUACCAGCUCCAUCAUAAAGCCGCGAGAAAACCGCCAGCACUGCUCAAGACCUAGGCGUGAAUCGCAGUGCCGUCCAUUACGACUCGUUAUACACAGAACAAAACCUAAAGUUGAAUCUUUUGACGGGUGAUAUAUAUAUUAGGGAUGUCCCGAUCCGAUAUUGAUAUCGGAAAUCAGUCCGAUAUCAGCCAAAAAAGUGAAUAUCGGAUUUUAUCGGACUGAAUCUAAAAACUCAGAUAUAAGCGCUCCGAUAUAAGCUGUCCAUUUACCGCUCCAGGACUUCUAUAAUAGGUGACUCUGGUUUGAUCACACUCCAACACAGUAGGUGGUAAUGCCCCUUAAUUAACAUUGGUGCCGGCCGCGGAAGAGCGUCUCUGAUCCAGCAUGCACAGCCCACGUGAUCACAACGACAACGUGUGUGCCUGCAGCAAGGUGUAGUGAUGUCGGCUGUGUGGAAGUAUUUUACCGUUAACUCGGACAAAGACGUUGCAGCUAAAUGCAACAUUUGUCAGGCGUGUCCCGUGGAGGGACAGAACCGGGAAGGUUCAAUACAAGCAACCUCAUCGCACAUUUGAAAAAACACCACAAAAAAAAACAUGAGGAUUUUCGCGAGAGCAGCAAGGCGAAGCAACAAGCCUCAUGCUCGCUUCAGCAACCCACGCUGGCCGAAAGCUUUGCAAGACGUGACAAACUCCCACGGGACAGCAAAAAGGCAAUGGCCAUAACAGAAAAGAUAGCCCAGUUUAUUGUGCUUGAUGACCAGCCCCUGUCUGUGGUGAGUAAUGUCGGGUUUAAACGCUUAAUGGAGCACCUCGAACCUCGCUACAUUAUUCCUAGCCGCCACUAUAUUGUAGACAAAACUAUACCCCGGAUGCACGAAGAGGUUAAAAAGUGUAUUGCCGCACACGUGGAGAAGGCUAAUGCUAUAAGCUUCACCACCGACAUCUGGAGCUCAGACCAUCGUCCGCUGUCUCUGUUGAGCUUGACUGCGCACUGGGUGGACACUGACUUCACACUGCAGAGAGCAGUGUUACAUGCACGUGAAUUCAGGGGAUCGCACACAGCUGAUGCAAUCACGCACGCCAUGGAGGAGAUGCUGCAUGACUGGAAGAUUGAGAAAAAUAAGGUCCAUGUCGUUUUAAGAGACAAUGCUGCUGACAUGAAAAAGGCAAUGAAUCAGCUAGGUGUGUCAAGCUUAGGAUGUUUUGCUCACACUCUUCAGCUUGUAGUCCAUGAAGGGGUCUUGUCACGGCGAGCUGUAAGUGAUGCACUAGCCAACGGGAGAAAAAUAGUGGGCCACUUCAAACAUUCCCCCAAGGCUUAUUCGAGCCUUGAAGACCUGCAAAUAGAGCUGAAUGUCACACCAAAACGUCUCCAGCAGGAUGUCCAGACACGAUGGAGCAGUACAAAGUACAUGAUUGACAGCCUCAUUCAUCAAAAACGGCCACUGCAUGCCUACUCAUCUGAAGAAAACCACACCCUGCCAGCCAUUCUAACAGCAAACCAGUGGGGGCUGUUAGAGAAGACCUCAAAGGUUCUGACCCCCUUUGAAGAGCUAACAACUCUAGUCAGUGCCGCCUCUGCUACCACAGCCGAUGUCAUCCCCUCUGUCCAUGCACUGGUACGGUUUCUCAGUAAGGAGAGUGAAGAUGAUCAUGGGAUCCUAACUAUGAAAGCCACCCUUCUGGAUGCAGUCCACAGACGUUUCAGGCAUGUGGAAUCCGAGCCCCUCUACACCGUGGCAACACUGCUGGAUCCACGUUAUAAAGACAAGUACUUCACAAACCCGGAAAACCUGGGACAUGCAAAAGCAGCGUUAAAGGCAGCGGUAUGUAAAGUAGAAGAAGAGCUGAAGACCACGCCUCCACCCGAUGUGACCGAGCCAGUGGACAAGACUCCACGGAUGGCGGGUGCAAGCAGCAGCCUUGGCAGCAUCUUUGACGAAAUACUGGAGGAGAGCAGCACAGCAGCAGGUCCGUCUGACCAGAUCACCACAGGGGCAAUCUGUGAAAUGGAGAGCUACUUCUGUGAGGCUCCGAUUGAACGGAAGAGCAGGAAGGAGAAGGAGGAGGAGGAGUAGUAAGGGUAGUCAGCACUGACUGAUUAUUAUUUGUUUUAUGUUCUUGUUAUUAGAGUGAUAUGUUUAUUGUGUUUACACUCUAUUCUUCAGUGAAGACUAAGAGUUAUUACUACAUUGUUUUGGGCACAGUCAGUCAGUGAAACUGGAGCUGUGUGAACUCUUAACUUAGAGCAGUUGGACAGUGGACAAUAUUGUGUUGUUUUUGUUGUUUUUGUCCCUGCCCAAAGUUGUUUCCAACAUAUGCUGACAGUGAACUUGAAUUGUUUGCACUUUAACAUUUAAUUUAUUCUAUUCAAUUGUAUAAUGAUGUUGGUUACCAGUGGUUAUUUUGCACUUUAAAUGUAACAUUUUGUUUUUAUUGGAUUUGUUGAGGUAAUACUCUUAUGUUGAAGGUUAAAAUUUAUGUAACCAAUUGGUUAAUAAUAAAUGGGUCAGUUUUCCUAUACCUACUGUUGCUGACUAUUGUUUUCUGUUAUAUCACUACAACAUCAGUAACAGUAACAUCACUUUAUCAAGCCUUUUCUAACAUUCCACACAACAAAAUAAGGAAUAAAUAUAUGUAUGAUUUGUGCCUGUAUCGUAUUGAUAUCGGUAUCGGCCAAUACUCAAGGCGACAAUAUCGGUAUCGUAUCGGAAGUGAAAAAGUUGUAUCGGGACAUCCCUAAUAUAUAUAUAUAUUAGUGCUGUCAAGCGAUUAAAAUAUUUAAUCACAUUAUUGUCAUAGUUAACUCACGAUUAAUAGCGAGUAAUCGCGAUUAAUCGCAAUUCUUUUUUCUAUGCUAAAUAUCCCUUGAUUUCUUGUCCCAUUAAUUGUUCUCAUUUUAAUGCUCUUAUCAACAUGGAGAAGUGCAUCGGCUUGCCUUGUGCAAAUGUUUUUUUAUUGAUAACAACAUUGGCAUAUACUGAUCAAAACAGGACGAUACAAAAAAAGAGCCUAUAGUGCAAUUAAACGAUUGCUUUGAACAAAUGUAAUUUGAACAUAGCAGUCAGGCAACUGCUUCUUUGUUUUGAGCCAAAGAAAAAAAAAAAAAAAGUUUAUUUUAAAUAAAAUAAUUGCGUUAAUCGAGCGAUACAAUUUUUAACGCAGUUAAAAUUGGUUUGCGUUAACGCCGUUAAUAACGCGUUUAACUGGCAGCUCUAAUAUAUAUAUAUAUAUAUGUAUGUGUGUGUGUGUGUGUGUGUGUGUGUGUGUAUGUGUAUAUGUAUAUAUAUAUAUAUGCAUCCCCAUGAUGAAUGUCUUCAGCCCUGAGCCCGCCCACCCCCCAAGCAGGGACUUUUCUGGGGGUAAAAUAAUGUCCCUGGAACCUAGAGACUCGUUCUUUCAAAGGUUUCUUGUUCCUUGGUGGGUAUUGGUCAUCUACAUCGCAGUCCCAGGGCAGACACACUACAAAAUACAUGUCAGAAUACAUAUAAUAAAAUAUGUUAUUGUUAUAAUAUUUACAGCAGGCCACAUUCCCAAAGAAGCACGCACACACACACACACACACACACACACACACACACACACACACACACACACACACACACACACAGCAGGGUGCUACCGACACAAUUAUCCUGUUAAUCCUGUCAGGGUUCGGAUUGGCUGCUGGACCCUCUUUGUGUUUUUUCUGUUUUGGGGAGAUUUUUAAAGGGCAUUGAGUUUGAGGGAGAGAGAGAGAUCUGUGUGAGUCCUGAAGGGGUUGUAAGGAGCCCCUCUACCUCUGGAGAGAUGCAGGAGAGACACACACACAGAGCGUGCGAAGUCCAGUGUGGACCGACCAUUACCGCUGUUUAUUGGGGUUUGUGUUGUUAAAAGACUGAGGAAAUAGGAAAGCCCCUCAGCGAGGGGGAGAGGGAGAGCAGGGGCCCCCGGGGCCCGGUGGUGGUGGUGCCUCGGUGCGUCAAAGAGAGAGAGAGAGAGCCUUCAUAGUUGCAUGUGUGGUGGGGGUAUUUUGGAAGGUGUUGCCAUGGUUACUCAUGCAGCCCCAGGAUUUGUAAUGUGAUAGCUGGCUGCAAAACCGCAAUCAUGAAGUGGUACAAUUUGUGCUUGCGUCUGCGAGUGUUGCGUGAAAGUACUUUGUCUGUGUAAAGAGGAUGGAUGGGGGGGGGCGGGGGUCCCAGAGUUACCUUACCUGUCUCCAAACACAACCCUUCAACUGGGGUUGGGGUCAGGUUUCAGGUUGAUGGUGGGGAAGUGCACUAAAGCCUGUUGGGCUUUCCCAUAGCAGUGCACUCACUCACUCACUCACUCACUCACUCACUAGAGACACUGCAUGAUUCAUUACCUUGUGUGUUUUGCUAAUUUGUCAUGUUAAAAUUAAAGCUCCAAAGGUAACGUCUUGAGCUGUAGGAGGCCUUAGAUGAGCUUAAUGGCUGGUCAUCUUUAAUUGCGCAACAACAGCAAGCUAGCCGAGACACUUGGACCAUUCCCACGGCACUUGUUAAAAUAACCAUCAACAAUCACUUUGAUGGAAUUCCAUUAACGGACACACACACACACACACACACACACACACACACACACACACACACACGGGCGAGGGUUAUGUCAUUGUCUUCUUCAGAGGAUCAUGUUGUGGGGCUCUACUAUGCUUCUCCGGUAAACAAGGUAUUUACCAUUUUCCUCUUGUUUGUACAUUCAAACAAGAGGAGAGGGCUCCACAUAGUUUUAUCUAAUCUACCUGUAAUUUAGAUUAUGCUUUCGGUAAUUAAUAUUUAAAUUUAAAACCAGCCUUUGUUAAUGGUCCUAAUCACCCCUCCUAUACACUUAAUUUUGUGUGAUUGAGGGUGCUUGUGGUCCUCUUGGAUGCAAACAAACUCUUAAAUAUAUUGUACUAGUACUGUGUCAGACUGUUAAAAGCAGGAACACAAGGGGCGUAUAAACACGUCUCGAGUGCUUUUACAGCAAUUAGCAAACCAACAGAUUAAAAUAAUGAUCUGUCAGACGGUGGGGAAACCUAUUUUAAAGAGCGGUUUCUGUGUGGAAGGAAAACAAGCAAUUUAGACGGUGAUGGUAGCAUUGAGCAAGCUGUUGUCGCCGGACAGAAGAGGGGAAUUCAUCACUUUGCAAAUGUCACAGCUUAUGCUAGGGCUGGCCCGAAUGCCAUUUUUUAGGCUUCGAAUACUCGUUGGUUUUUCCGAGCGAAUAUUCGAAUACUCGUUCCAGAAAAAACAAAAACAACAUUAAUAAUCCCUAAAUACUCCCUGGAACCGAUUUUGACAGUAUCUGCAUAUUUUGUUGAAGAUUUAAUAGCUUUUGAACGUUAAUUAGUAGGCCUAAGUAGGUUGAAGUUCCUUAGAUUUUCCCCUUGAAAGCGAACAGCUGUUCGUUCCAAAUCAGCUGUUCUCUGCCAUCUCAGCCCUUACGGGAGCUUUUCAAUUCAUCCUGGAACGUGAAGCUUUUCAGGGAAUUUGUACAAUAAAUCCAUAACAAAUACCGAAUAGUGAUUGUCUUACGUGUCCAUAUUAUAUCCAUUAUAUUGACCGGGUAUUCCCAAGACGCUCACGCUCUGCAGCAAGCCAGUCACAGUAUAUGGGCACGGCGCUGUACAACGAACGUAAACAAACAACUAAGCUAAGGUUUUAAGUAUUACUUUUCCUCCAGAGAUCCCGCUAAUGUUGUGUUAUAAAGUAAAGGGAAACAAGAUAUCUAUUCUUCCUCCACCUCUCUCGCUUCUCUGCUUGGUGUCGCUGACGCUUAUAGUUUGCCUCCCUUGCUCUGGUAACGUCACGUACGUGAAAAAAAAAAAAAAAACGAAGCUCCGAAUACUGAUUUAAGCUUCGAAUACUAAUUUUCCGAACGAGUAUUCGAAUAUUCGAAUAAUUCGGGCAAGCCCUAGCUUAUGCAUCAUAACUUAACUUAACUGCCCACAUCUGAAAUGUAUUUGUACUUUUCGAAUAAAGGUUUUAAUUUAGGGGGAGGUAAGGAUUUGAUUAGACAGCACACGUACAAUGGAGGCUGUGAGGACAAGGGGACAUAGCAUAGCAUUGAUAUGCAAGGAAUAAAUCAUCAAAACAAAUCAAUGGAAUUCAAUGCAUCGCCUACCCCAUGAAACAUUACUUUAGGAUGGUGGUUCAUUUUUCUUAUACGAUAGUUAUCAACAAUGAUUAGAUGAUGGUUAGCUUUUGUCCACAACUUUAUUGGUUUUGCAUCAAAUAUACAACUGAAAUUCCAAUAUUGUUUUGGGGUGCUUUGGGCAUAUUGUUUGUGUUUUCCAAGAAACAUCUGGUGGAUCGUUUUUUUUAAACAUUGAUAGUGUUUGAUUGGUAGUAAUGCUGUACGAUUUGGUGAAAAAGUCAAAUUGCCACUAUAGUGGACAAUAUUGCUAUUGCGAUAUAAUAAACAAAUUGUCAUUAGUCUACUUGCUUGGUUUUCAAGGAAAAUGCACACAGAUUACUGAUCAUUUUUAAAUGUUUAUUUCUCAACUCAAACAUACAAACUUAAGCUAUUAUAAAAAAAUACAAAAACUAUAAACUGUGUACAGUACUGUUUUCAAAAUUACAAUAUUUUACAAAAUUAAAUAAAUAAAAAAUAAAUAUCUUAAUAAUGGCAUUUCUGCAGUGCAAACUUGUUAGAUUUCCUCAAUAGUAAAAGUAAAUAUAUAUUUUUUAAUAAAUAAGGAAAUACAAAUAAAAUAUAUAUAUAUAUAAACAUAGCACCAAAAGUAAGGAAAUUUGUGUUUGGUAGAUUAUUUCUCUGUGGUAACAAAAAAUGCUUUUUGGCAAUAAAUCUUAUACCGUUGGAUAGCCUGUUUAGUUCCCUUUCAAAUGGUGCCCCAUUUCCAAGGAACAUGCAUUUGUGGGAUGAGCAGCAGCGCUGAGUAUGUGGGUUCCGCCCAUGAAAAAUUUGCCAAAUAUUUUCUGCCGUUGCCAAACAGGGUGUUUUGCUGUUUCUAUUGACACUUGUUUUGAGCUUCUGGUACCCCCAGUUGCUGCCAAUCAGGUGCCCAAUUUAGGGCUGGGCGAUCUGGGCCAAAAUGAAUAUCUCGAUAUUUUUUUACUACAUCUCGAUACACGAUAUGUAUCUCGAUAUAUUUUGAAUCUCCUCUAGAGCACACAUCAUAAAUGCUCGAUUCAACCAUGUCUGGCAUAAUGUUACGUCAGUAAUAAUUCUAGAAUAUUCCUGAAACAUAAGUCUGCAUGUCGAUUACAUGAAACAACAUAUUGUUUAAACUAGGGAUGGGCGUGAGGAAUCGAUUACUCGAGUACUCCUCGUUACAAAUGAACUCGGUUGGUGGACAGGCAAACUCGAGUUUGCAUAUACACACUAGUGUUGCACCGAUGCCAUUUUUUGGCACCGAUACUGAUACCUGGCUGUGCAGUAUCGGCCGAUACCAUACCGAUACCACUCUGUUUGAAAUUGAUGUGUGUGUGUGUGUAUAUAUGAAGAGCUGCAUACUACUUGGAUGUAAAAUCAUUGCCAUCAUGGCUUUGUCAAGCUGCUGCCUACCUUUGUGAAGCAGGAAGACUAAUACAAAUUGAAUCCAGUAGAACUUUUUAUUGCCUACCUGGUAUGGGUGACAACAAUAGCUGAAUAAACUUUUGGCUCUCAAAGGCCAACAUAGUGCAACAUUCAUGAAAUUAGAACAUGUAUAAUAGAAGUGAACAGUGCAACAGUAAGAAAGUAAAAUACAUUAAAAUUACAUUACAUUAAAAAUACAUUACAAACUCUUAGAAACCCUGAGUUUUGGCUCUCAAAUGCCAAAAUAGUGCAACUUUCAUAAAAUUAUAACAUAAUACUAGUGUAUAAAACUAGUGCAACAGUAAGAAGUAGAACGUUAAAUUGUAUUAAAAUAAGAAAUAAUAUACAUAUGAGGUACAUUUGAGAGAUAGCUGCAUUAAUUUAACAUAUCUGAGGUAAGAACAAAUAGCAUUAAUCAGUGACAGAUCUGUCACACAACACCUAGUAGUGUUUACUCUUGUUUACUUUUGAGGAUUCAAGUCUUUGGGGUUCAAGCUCAGGUACAUUGGCAGAUUUUUCCUGAGGAAGAUUAGUGUUUCUACAUCUCCUGACAGCCUAUUCCUCUUCUCAUCAAGUAUGUUAGAAGCUGUGCUGAAAAGCCUCUCACUAUCUACGCUGGUGGAGGGAGCGGAGAGAAACUUUGCAGCUGUAGUAGCCAGGGAGGGGAACCGUUCUUUAUUCUUUCCCCAGUACUCGAUUGGGCUCUCUGUGCGGUGGAAUGUUUUCUCAGCCAGAUAUGUCUCUAUCUGCACCUGUGUAACUGUGCUGCUGGCCCCACCUUGUUCAGCAGCAUGCUCUUGCAGGAAUUCCUCAUACAGCCCCUUAAAGCAGCUGUUUGUGUUGGGCUCUGCUGUCAUCCGUGGGGUCUUACUGGCUGGGUCUGCUGCCUCGGUGGUGGUUGUCUGCAGUGAUGACUCCUCAUUUUUCUCCACCUCUUGGGUCAGUGCACUUCUUGCAAGCUUGCUGCUCUCUGCACUUGUGAAGUAUCUGCAGUAACAAAGUAAACAGAAUGGCAUAAUAUAGCUGUUAGCUCAUAUAUGCUGUUAUUUAGCACUGCAUUUAAUUACACACUAACACAAGAUGUUUAAACUUUACACUAUACAGCUCACAAUUAAAGUAACAUACCUGUCUUUGUAACGUGGGUCCAAUAUGGUUGAAACAGAGUACAAGGUCUCCGCCUCAACGGUCUGGAAUCUUGUGCCCAUAGCUGCUAGAAGUGUCGCCUUCAUUGUUUUUAUCCCGCUGUCCUCUGUGGUCUGUUUGGCCAACAGACGCUUCAGGACGACGUCUGAGGGGAUGACCUCUGAGGUGGUGGAGGUGGCGAAGCUGAUCUGUUUUGUGAUCUCUUCAAAUGGAGCCAGAAGAGUGUUGAUUUUCUCCAGCAAGGUCCAGUCACUUGCUGUCAGUGUUGCUGGGAGCUGGUGGUCUGCAGCAUAGAGUGAGAUGGCACUCUUUUGCUCCAGCAGGCUCGCAGUCAUAUAUAAAAGGUGCUGUUCCAGCGGGUGGGAACAUCUUGGAUCAGACGUUUGACUGGCAUUCCCAGUCCCGUCUGGACAGUUUCAAGUCUUGAUGUGGCCAAUGGGGAAUGUUUGAAGUGCCCAAUUAUUUUUCUCCCACUGGCCAGCGCAUCGCUCACACUUCGCUGGGACAGCAGUCCAUCGUGCACCACGAGUUGAAUCAUGUGCGAGAAACAUCUCCCAGGUCCCUCAUUGCCUUCUUCAUAUUGCUUGCAUUGUCCCGUAGAAUGGCAUGGACCUUUAAUAAUAAUAAUAAUAAUGUAAUUAUAAUAAUCAAUAUUAACCAAAGCUUUGUGUUGAAAUGUUAAUUUUUUGACGGUAUAAUUGUUUUAUAAAAGCAAUAUAGCAUUACCUACCCCACUCCCACGAGUGCUAUAUUGCUUAAAUAGACAAGUCGCAAUAGAGAGCACGACACACACACACACACACACACACACACACACACACACACACACACACACACACACACACACACACACACACACACACACACACACACACCCCUUUACGGCUCAAAUUACUGCCGCAAAUUACUGCGGCAUUUCUUUCAAAGUCUAGACUAGAAAAGUUACGUUACCUUUGACUUCGAGAUGCUCCAGUUGAGCAGCAUGCACUCUAUUGCUCCUGCAAUAGCUUCGCCCGUGUGUGAUCCCUUGAAUUCAUUCGCAUGAAGUAUGACGCUUUCUGGAGUGAAUGUUUCCAAGUUUACCCAGUGGGCUGUCAAGCUAAGCAGGGAAAGUGGGGAGACUUGGCUGCUCCAGAUGUCAGUUGAAAAGCUUAUGGUCCCUGCCUCCCCUAGCUUUCCUAAAACAUGCUCCGUUACUUUAUGUUUUAGUGCAGGGAUAGUCGUCCCCGUGAUGUAUUUGCGACUUGGGACCUUAUACUUAGGUACUGCGUGAGCCAUAAAAAGCCGGAAGCCCACGCUUUCAACGAAGGAGAGGGGCAGGUUACAGAGAACAGUCAUCUCGGUUAUUUUCUCGGACAUCUGUCUUGCUGCUUCACUCUUCUCGUCCCACUGCUCUUUCGCACGAAGUGAACUGACCAGGGAUCGUUGCUGCGGUCCAUCCCGCUUUCUCUUGCUAGCUGCAGUUGCCUCAGUCUCGAACUCUUUGUGUUCGUUCACAUGUUUCGACUUCAAAUGUUUUAUCAGGUUCGAGGUAAACUGCCCCGUUUAACUCCACUUCUCGAAACUUUCAGGUCGCAAAUCUUGCAUUUAGCCAAUGUACUCGCCGGCGUUUCUAUAAUGAAAUAAUUCCACACUGCAGACAUUUUCUUCUCCUGGUUUGUUUUCCCGCCGCAUGAAAAAGACGGUUAAGAGCGGCUAUUGGUCCGCUCUCAUUGGUCAGGAGCAGGCCAAUAGCGAUAGUGAGUGUCGGGAGAGAGAAGGUUGCGUUUAAGUGACAUACAAGCAUCAAAAUGGUAUUGGUGCACUAUUUGUUGGUACUCGCCGAUUCCGAUACCACCAUUUUAGUGCUGGAUCGGAUCUCCUUCCGAUACUGGUAUCGGAAUCAGAAUUAAAAAAGUUAAGAGAUUGAGGUUAAAGCAAAGCGCAGCAAAUAAUUGAAAUACUUUAAAGUAAUAGGAGAUCAUAAGGUGAAAUGUAAAAUAUGCCAAGCGAAAUCGAGCUACCAGAGUACUACAAGUACUAUGCGGCAACAUAUGCUCCUGAAACACAAUGGUGAGUUCGGGAAAGCAGACCCGCAGCAACCAAGUGUGUCGGCUAUUUUCACCUCCGCAAGACGCAGCUGUAAUCCCUGCCGUGUAGAGAAGAUCACAACGCUGAGUAUUUCCAUACUCAUACGAGUUAUUAGAGUAUUCAUUAUUUAUUUUUGCAAACGUCAAAACACAUUUUCCUUACAAAAAUAAAUAUGCGUCUCACAAUUUAUUUCCAUAUUUCCAUAGUAUUUCCAUAGUCCAUUUACUGCCGUUUUAUUUGCAGCUUUUAAUUAUUUGCAAUGGUUAGGCUACUUGUUUUCUUUUUUUUUUUUUUUAAACCGUUACAGGCCUUGGUUCGACGUGAUUUAAAUUGUGAGACGCAUAUUUAUUUUUGUAAGGAAAAUGUGUUUUGACGUUUGCAAAAAUAAAUAAUGAAUACUCUAAUAACUCGGACUGUUUUGAUGGUGAAUAAGCAUUGCAUGUUUGGUUGGUAAUAUUGCCGUUCAUCAUUAGGCCUAUUCCUGCUGCAGAUGCGUUGCACUCUAAAAAUAGAUUUGUUUCAACGAGUACUCGAUUGAUCCUCGAGGAAUUCCUUCGAUCACUCGAGUUUUGAAUUUACUACUCCUGCCCAUCCCUAGUUUAAACUCAAUAGUGCUUUCUAUUGGAACAAUUUAGAACUUACAAAUAAGAAAAGGAAAAUCACAGCAAGUUAGAUUUACCAACACAGCAUUUAUUCAAACCGUUAAUUAUUUAUUAACGGUUUGAAUAAUAAUGAUUUGAUAUUCACUGCCAGACGACGGAUCCAUUGCUAUUUUUUUUCGAAACCAAAUCCUCAGUUUCCAUCCUUUUUUCUCUCUCUUGAUCUUCUCACUCGCCGAUCGGAGGUACACACACCUACAGCAGCGCGCCUUCCAGACUAUGUCACACACGCGCGUCCAUGAGAAUCUCGCGGACUCGCAACGGGCGGGGGGAGUGAGUGUGUUUAAUGCAUAUGAGUCUGUGAGGCAGAGAGCCACAGGAAAGAGCGAGAGAAGGGAACACUGUGCGUUCACACCAAACGCAACAUUUGUCGCCCGUUCGUGUUGUCGCCGAAGUUUUGUCGCGCCACAAAUCAUAAUCUGUCGACUGUCGCUGUGCAAAUUUUGUCGAAUUUGUCGCGCCAAAACAAGAUAACCACAAUUGCAUGUCUUUACCUUUUGUGGAAGAGGGAGAGACGUCGGAGGACGCGACGCAGUCUAUUCAUAAUAUUGUAAUGACCACGGAAGAGGCAGUGAAUGAAGUAUUGAUUAGACAGAGAUUUAUUAGAUGGGCCUACCUAAUAAACCGUUGGAACACACAAGACCGGAAACCAUAGCAACGCCGGUAAACAUACCCCGAGAAGCUAAAGCCCUAUGACCUCCCCACGCUACAGCCAUCCGGAGGCGCACAGAGCUUUUGGCCAUGAUAUUAUAUAUACAAUUUAGCGAUGCAAAUUAUCGAGUAAUUCAUUAAUCGAUAGUUGUUUCAUCUUAUCGAUCGAUGAUCGAUUAAUUGAUAAGCGGCAAUUCUUCUGAGAAGCAGAAUUUCCUUCUGAAUGUGACACAUUUAGGUGGUAAUUCAACGAAGUCAUUUAGUUGUACUUUAAAAUACUUCCACAUAUUGUGUAUUUGGCGUCUUUGUCGUCAUUAACCAACUUAAAGUGGCUCCAUACUGCACUCCGUUUUGCCCUCUUCAUCGUAUCAGUGUCCCGCUUUUCGUUUGUCUUGUCCUGCUUCGCUUGUGUUCCCGCGUGUGCGUCAAGUACGUCUGGCGUCAAGCGCGCCCUCACGUGGACGGUUGGGGAAUUGCGGGUUAAAAAUGCGAUUAAUUGCAAGUAAUUUAUUUUAAUCGAGUAAUCUCUUAUCGACAAUUAAUCGAUAAUCGAUUAAUUGUUUGCAUCCCUAAUACAAUUAUAUUAUAUUAUAUACUUAUUAUAUUAUACUUAUUAUUAUAGAUAGAGCUCCGGGAGUCGCAAACGGCAACAAUCACUUUCUCCUCCAUGCUGCAGGUCACCCCGGACUGCACUGCACUGAGUUUGAU